GAAGUCACUGCAGUUUUUGCUAGCGACCCCGGAAGUGGCUGCGUCGGGUCUCUACUGCUGGCUCUGACUCCUGGCUUGCGAUGGGUUGCGACGGAGGAACAAUCCCCAAGAGGCAUGAACUGGUGAAGGGGCCGAAGAAGGUCGAGAAGGUUGACAAGGAUGCUGAACUGGUGGCCCAGUGGAACUAUUGCACUCUAAGUCAAGAGGUACUAAGACGACCCAUAGUUGCCUGUGAACUUGGCAGACUUUAUAACAAAGAUGCCAUCAUUGAGUUUCUGUUGGACAAAUCUGCCGAAAAGGCUCUUGGGAAGGCAGCAUCUCACAUCAAAAGCAUUAAGAAUGUGACAGAACUGAAGCUUUCUGACAAUCCCGCCUGGGAAGGGGAUAAAGGAAACACGAAAGGUGACAAGCAUGAUGACCUCCAGCGGGCACGCUUCAUCUGCCCCGUGGUGGGCCUGGAGAUGAAUGGCCGGCACAGGUUCUGCUUCCUUCGGUGCUGUGGGUGUGUGUUUUCUGAACGAGCCUUGAAAGAGAUAAAAGCAGAAGUUUGUCACACCUGUGGGGCUGCCUUCCAGGAGGAUGACGUCAUCGUGCUCAAUGGCUCCAAGGAGGACGUGGAGGGGCUGAAGAAGAGGAUGGAAGAGAGAAGGCUGAAAGCGAAGCUGGAGAGGAAAACAAAGAAACCCAAGGCUGCAGAGUCGGUUUCAAAGGCAGAGGUCGAAGAAUCCGCAGGGCCAUCAAAAGUGAAGACAGGGAAAGCUGAAGAUACUGGCCUUGAUUCUAGAGAAAAGAAAACCAGCUUGGCCCCCAAAAAUGCAGCCACCAGUGGGAGCUCUUCCGGAAAAGCCGAGAAACCUCCAUGUGGAGCCAUGAAGCGGACCAUCGCUGACAGUGAGGAGUCUGAGGCCUACAAGUCGCUCUUCACGACGCACAGCUCUGCCAAGCGCUCCAAGGAGGAGUCGGCCCACUGGGUCACCCAUACAUCCUACUGCUUCUGAGGCCGCACCUGCUGCCCCUGCCCUCCCAUGUGGGUGAUUGGGUGCACCUCCAUCACCCACGGGUUCCCUGGUGUAGCUCCGUGUGAAGUGUCAUAAAGUUGCCCUCACCAACCCUC